AUCAUUAUUAUUUAUUCAUGUCCGUGCCGUAAGCUCAGUUUUACACGGUUAAGCUAGGUUCUUAGAUUCCUGUCUAAUCUUCAUAAACUAUUUUUUGGAAAUUUCGACCGUGCUCGUCUUCAGGUAUGUCCAGAGUAGUCAUAUAAGCAAACCAUUUUGUUGGGGUAAAACUUUCACGUGAUUUUGGUCACUGAAUAGAAUUCACUAAACUGUUCGGUCGCUGUCAGAAACACUAAUUCGGAUUAUCCCUAUAUCCAACAGGUGAAUCUGAACAGUUCUUGCCAACCAUUGGAAGUGUGCUGAAUGACCAUAGAAGGUCAGUGACUAUUCCUUGAACCACACCUUGACCACACCUUGACCGCACCCGACAGCUGUUAAUAUGCACCUCCUAGCCUACCCAAAUAAUAACUCGCCAGCUCCUAACAACGGCAUUUCGGAAUCUGACCACAGCCAAGCAAGUGACGGGUACAACGAUUCGUAUCGCGUCUCAUCUCAGGUGAAAAUCGAAUCACCAAUACUGGACACUUCAUCUCCCGAAUCUGUUCAUCAACAUCACCAACAUAACCUGCACGCGCAACAAACUCACAUGCAUCAGACCAGCAUGGCUAGUAUGGCCACAAUGCAGUACAGCCAGCCGUCAAUGGCCAACAAAGCCCCUCCGUACACCGUCAACGGCAUUAGUUUAAACGCACCCAACAUGGAUCUUGUCCAUCCCGCCAUGGGAUAUCCAGGUGCAAAUAACAGAAAACAGCGCCGAGAGAGAACGACGUUCACACGAGCACAGCUGGACAUUCUUGAAGCCCUUUUCCAGAAAACCCGAUACCCCGAUAUUUUCAUGAGGGAGGAGGUAGCUCUGAAAAUCAACCUCCCAGAGUCUCGCGUACAGGUUUGGUUCAAGAACAGGAGAGCGAAGUGUCGUCAGCAGCAAAAGGCACAGGAAGGCAAACCAAAACCAUCCACACCCAAGAAGUCAAAGUCUCCCCCUCCUCCAGCGUCAUCCCCGGGGUACGGGAAACCCCCCGUGGUUAGUAGCCCAGUCUCCAACGUCUCCAUGAACACAGGCUCUUCAAUCUGGAGCCCCGCCUCCAUUCCUCCAGUGAAUGACAUCAUGAACGGAAACAGUUGUAUGCAAAGGGGAGGUUACCCUAUGAGCAACUCCCAGACCGCUGCUUACCCUCAUCAGAACUACGGUCAUUCGUCAUAUUACCACGGUAGCAUGGAUUAUCUCAACCAUAUGCAGCUUCCAGUCAUGUCCAACCAAAUGAGUAACUCAAUGUCCGGUAUAUCGAAUACGCAUGCGCAGCAGGUAUCGUCAUACGGAACACUUCCGGGUCCCCAGACCUUAGUUCGCGGUAACCAUAACGAUUGCCUAGAAUAUAAGGACACAUCAUCAUGGCCAAAAUUUCAAGUAUUGUGAAGAGAAGAAAUAUAUAAUUCUAUUUAUUUAUAGUGAACUCCCGAUAUGGAGUGUCCUGUCCAUACCAGUGCCCAGGUCCCGUGCCAAGUCUCAAAGAUUGCACCGAAUGGCUUUUCCGAACAAAGCUUGUUGUCUUCUUGAACAAAAAGGACAAACACAGUUGUUGGGUUGUCUGUAUAUAUGAACAGACGAGCGUGAUAUGUAAUUGAAAAGUUGUGUGCAAUGCACACAAGGAAUACACACACACACACAUCGUCCAACGGUCAAAGUGUGUCAGUGCGACCUCCGGACACUGUCCAGAACUUGUCUUGCCAAGUGCUUUCUGGAAACUGUGACGUCACCAAAGCAUGACGUAAUUUUACCUUAUAUGGUUAUGUCGCCGACGACAAUCGCAUGAUUAAGAAACAAAUGUGACGAAUUUGUACAGAGAUAAACAAUAGACUGAUGCUGUGACUAUACGUGGUAUGUUGCCUGAAUCUGUCGUAUUGAAUACCUAUCUUCAAUCACAGACAACUCUCGUGAGCCAGUCUCACGAGAUACAUACAACUCUCACGAGAUUCUCAAAAUAUUAAAAAUACUCAUAUCAUAUAACACAGGCCGUUAGUUUCGUAUUUACAACGAACUUUGAUUUUAUCAUAGUAGCCGACUGAUUGUUAAAGCCCAUUUAAAAAGUAAAACAAAAAUUCCAACCAUUUUACAUUCCUUAUAAAUCUCAUGAGUUAAUUAUAGCAUAAUGCAGUGUGAGAGUUAAUACCAUAUCACGUGAUGUUAUUGAUGUGUCAGGUGUUUGUGACGUAUAGAGAGAGCGUGCUGAUGAUUGUAAACAAUUGUGUAUUUGAUGAGCGAGUGUUGUUUAUGGUGAGUUGGAACAUGCUUUUGUGUUCUAAUAAAUAUGUUGUUUUGUAAAUCCAAA